AUGCCUCUGUUUUUUUUUUGCAUUAAUGUUUUUGCAUACAUGCACCUGUUUUUUGUUUGAAUGUUUUUGCACAUAUGCCCAACUGGAAAGUUGGUAUUCAGUUUCGUGAAAAUAAUCUACUAUUCUUUCUUUUCUAGAAUUGCAUGUUAAAUGUCUUGAUCUAAUAAAUAGCAUAACAAUUGAAUUGAGGCAACAGAAUAGGAGAAGAGAAAGAUUUGUACAAUUUAUACUAUAUCAUCUCUUUGGAAAAAAAUUGGUAGUAAUGGACAUGUUAGAUAGCUCGGGCUCGAUUGUGAAAUGUUCUCUCUAUUUCAAAAAGUUUUAUCAUUGCUAUUUACAUUUGAAUUGGUGUCUUCUUUUCUUUCUUUGACAUUUGAUCCAUGAGAUGCUUUUCUCUGACCGACUCUAUCAGCAAUAAUACCGUAGUGGUGGUAAAUUGUACUAGGAUGAAUCAUGUGUUUUUUUUUUUUUGUGAAAUAUUCUAGUGAAAAUAACUGAAUAGUAACAAAAUAACUGAAUAAAAGAAACAUAAAACAUAGGAAGCAAAGUCAAUCAAAGAUUUUCUGACCAUAGUAACCAAAAUCGAUCAGUCCUCUUUGGAUAGCAUCCAUAGUCAUGGUUUGCUUUGCUGGAAAGGAAAGAUGAUAGUUCUUCUUUGUAUUCUUUUCCUGUGGAUCUUCUCUCCAAGUUUUCCAACAAAAAAAUUACAGGCUAACAUGGCACAAGCUGAUGAAGAGGACCAGAAAGAAAAAGCCAGGAAAGAUUACGCCGAUUUCUUGGAGAAGGUGAAAAAGACAGUGUUCAUCGACAACAUCUCACCCAAAGCCACAACUUCAGUAGUAGAAUCAGGACUGCAGCAAUUUGGAAAUGUUGUUAAUGUGGAGUUUAUGCCGAACUACAUGAUUCCUUAUAAUAUCCCACAAUGCGCUUUAGUGGAAAUGGAGGAUCAGAAACAGGCUCUUAAAGCAAUUGAUGCCAUGACUAACUAUCCAUUCAUGAUGGGGGGAAUGCCGAGGCCUGUCAGGGUGACGGCCGCGAAGGUGGAGAUGUUCUGUGAUCGUCCUGCGCCGCCUGAUAGAAGGAAGAUUAGAUUUCGUUGGAUGCAGCCAACAGAUCCCCACUUCCAUGCGAUGAAGAAGUUUAGGUGGCUUGCCAGGAGGCAUACUGCUGAAUCUUUAGCUAUGAUUAAGCACCUACUGGCAAGCGAUGAGGAGCUUGCGAAGCAGCAGAAGAAGAUGCUCGAGGCCAACUACGAGAAGCUUGACUUGACGGAGAAGCACAAAAGAUCUUUGCGCCGCUUGACACAACUAUACGGCAUCGAUGUAGAUGAAGAGUAGGCGCUUUUUCAGUUCAUUGUAUAGUCGGCUGCUGACGCCGUAACUGGUCUGCGUUGAAUGUAGAUAAUCCAGCAAGUGGUCUUUUGUGGAUCUUGGACCUAGAGGUGCUGUUUGAACCCUCUUGUCUCACUGUUAGUUAUGUUGCAGAAGAUUGUGAACUAAAUCAGUGGGUGUAUCUGAGAUAAGUACUCCACAGAAUCACAGCUUCCCACGACUGGUAAGUGGUAAUCCCAUUCAACUGCUCUCCCAAUUUUUGUUGUGUGGUAGUGUGGGAAAAGUAAUUUCUUGGGGAUCAUAGUUGUUGAAAUUUUAUUUCCAUGAAAAAGUUGGUAUCUUUAUUGUCA